AAGCAGCCAUUGGUGAGUAUUUUUUGUUAUUUUUUUUAUCUACUUGAUUUUAUAUUCUGCUUUAUCUAUAAUAAUUUAUGAUUACAUGUUCAUGUCUCAUUUCCAGUCGCGCAGAGGAAAGAAGCUGCCAAGAAUGUCCCCGCCAUACGCAGAAGGAAGGAGCUGGAAAAUAUUGAAUUACAUGUAAUUCAUGAGCUAAGACAGGCAAGCUACGUCCGCAAGGUCCUGCAAAUAGCAAAGGAUUCCCUAGAGAAUGAAGACUGUCUACCAAUCGUUCUCGGAGAUUUCACCCGUCUCCGGGACGUGCUAAUACUAGUGCUAAUUAUUUCUUCAUUAAAAAGGGUGAUGGAAUUCAUGGAGUUCCGUCUAUGCGAGUUCCUCGAAAGAGAACUCAAAAGAACACCCUCAGGAGAAACCUGCUACGUGAUUAGGAUCGCACGGCACAAGACUGCAGAAGCAGGUGCAUCAGUACUAUUUAUUGAUGAGGACGAAGAAAAAGCGCUCCUGGCGUAUGUAAAACAUUACCGCCCAAUAGCUGUACCAUGCAGUGGGCCGCACUGCUACAUGUUCCCAACCAGGAACAACAUGAAACGGGGUUGCUGCUCUAGAAUGGAGUUCCCCAACGUGAACAGGAUUCUGCAGUCAGUAUCAAAGAAAGCUGCAUCGGACUGCAAAAUUACUUCAAGGAUACUGAGAAGAUCCCAGAUAACAGCGUUAUGGGAAAAAUGUGAAGACCCUUCUUGGAAACAGAAAGUGGCCAAUUUGGUUGGCCACUCACUUGCAACAGCCAGUAGGUACUAUGAGUUUAGCGAAAAAGUGCCUCCAGGACUGGCUGUAUUUGAAACUCUGAAACGAAUGAAACAAGAGGGGUGGAGAAGGCUUCCAGAAGUAGAAAGACAGACAGAAGACAGCGAGUCCGAUGACCCACAACCAGUGGAGAAGUCAUUCCGUGCACAAGAUCCAGAACUUAGAUUGACUCUUGAACCAGAUGAGAGCGUGGUGUCAGCGAUAAGCUUUGCAUCCUCUGACAGUGAGUCAGAAGCUAAACAAACAGCAAGACCAACGCCCACAAGGAAGCUUGAGCUCAACAAAAAGGAGAGUGUUACCAAGAAAUGCACGUCGUGAAUCAAAAGAACUCAGCAGUGGAGGGAGUCUGGUAACCGGCUCCCUGCCACUUGCCUUGUCAGGGGGCAUGAGUCUUGUGUCGUCCCCUCUCCACUCGUCGUUGACGUACAAGGAAGGCAACAAGGACUUAGAAAGUCACGAAAAAAUCCCGACAGCAAUGCUGUAUAGGGACUAAAUUAAAGUGGUCCGAUCCUGCGAUGUGCAUAACACCAAAGGGAAUCACUACAUUAGAUGGAGUUCCGUGAGGGACCGCAUGAUAGAAGUUAACAAAGAAUAUGCACAAUUUACUGAAGAUCAAUUAAGAUGUCGGUAAAAAUAUUUCAAAACUAACAAACCUAAAAAAUAAGUAAUUUCUAAUGUUUUGUAUUGUGAUUCUAAGGCAUCCAUUGCAUUAUCAUUUCCUAUGUGUAGUUAAUUUCUUAUGUUUGUGUUAUUAGAAUAAGUAAUGCAUUCGCAAGUGUUGUACCAUUUUUCUAUAUAUGUAAUUAGAAUAAGUAUUUCAUUUACAAGUAUUUUUUUUCAGUUGAAUUGUAAUUUUAAGGUAUGUUUGUGUUAUUAGAACAAGUAAUGCA